AUGCACAGGGCAAAGCUGAAGACUCCGACGAUCCUGUACAAUUGUUGGAGAAACUUCGUGCUGUACGCCGUGCCCAACGACUCCGCAAGAAGGAGAAGCGCAGGACAGCCAAGCAGGUGGCUCAAGAUGGUCCAGCCUCUCCUAUUCUUCCUGAUGGCCUUCAGCCUGUCGUUGAAGCCAUUCCACCUCCAGCAGGUGCAGCCGGCCCAAGCGCAGACCUCGGGGGAAGUCAUGCUGCAGAGCCCGCUCCGGCACUUGCUCUACGUUCAGGCGCUGAUUCACCCUCGCAGUCUGAAGGUACCCUCAAUUCCCAGCACCCGCUCCCCGAGUCUAUUGCUGGGAGUGCAAUUGGCGCCAGUUCUUGCCACACACUGGGGCGAGAACCAUCAGGGCCACCUGCACGUGCCAAAGAUCCUGCACGAUCUAGUGCACACCAACAGGGAGCUUCGUCAGGGAAGCCUUCCUUUGGACGUGUUGAGGGCGAUGCUGGACCCAAAUCUGGCCGGCCUCAGCCUUACCCGGGACGGAAGAAGUAGCCUGCCCCUCUUCCGUUCAUGCGGCAGUCCCGACAUUGCCGUUUCCAUAUGUGCUCAGGUAUUCUAG